GUACUAUAUCUGCGUGUUAGCGAAUUAGAAGACGAUAAAGGUAUAACUAAUUGGAUACUUUUAAAAAUAAUCUUAGUAAUACUGACUCCUCAGGUAAUGUCUUGUUUUCUCUCAGAGACAAUCUGAUACAAGCACGAGCGCAGCAGAGGACGGGAAGAUGUUUGGCUGUCAGGGAGCUGGGCUGAGGGUUCGCUACUGGGUCACUCUGAUCACAGGGUUGGUGGAGUGUUUGGGGUUUGCGGGGGUCAUGUUCGGCUGGGCAUCACUGGUUUUUGUGCUGAAGAGUAAGGGAUACUUUAGCAAUCUGUGCGAGAACACCACUAGAAAUGGAACCAUCACUGAAGAUUGCAGUGGGCAGGAUGAGCAGUUCUCCCUCAUCUUCACCAUCGCCUCCUUUAUGAAUAAUUUCCUUACGCUGCCAAUCGGCUUCCUUUUCGACCACUUUGGUACCAUGGUUUCCAGGCUACUGGGAAUAUCAGUUUACACUGUAGGAGUGCUGUUAAUAGCCUUUUCGAGUCCAGCCACCUCCGUCCUUCUCUUUCCUGCACUGUCCUUCAUCGCUAUGGGAGGAGUUCUGUUUCUUAUCACCAACAUGCAGGUUGGGAAUCUCUUUGGCACACAUCGCUCCACUAUAAUCACUCUGUAUAAUGGAGCUUUCGACUCAUCCUCUGCAGUUUUCCUCAUCAUUAAGUUGGUGUUUGAGGAUGGAGUCUCUUUGCGCUGGUCUUUUCUCUUCCUGUCCUGCUGUGCCAUCAUUCAUCUGUUCCGUACAUUUGUGCUGUUACCUCGUACCCGUAUUCCUUACCCUCUUCCAGAGAACUACAACUAUGGGAUUAAAUGUGGGGGAAUUUCCCAGGCCAAAGUGGAAAUGCCAUUUGGAAGGAAUUCUCCUCAAGGCCAAAACACAGAUAAUACGGAGUGGACCUUCAAAAGCUGUUUCCUCUCCUGGUUCUUCAUGUGUCAUCUGUUGUGGCUCUCUGUGAUGCAGCUGAGACAUUAUCUGUUCAUCGGGACAUUAAACCCUAUGCUGAAUCAUCUUGCUGCUGGGGAUGCAGGCCUUGUGAGCAGAUAUACUAACGCAUUUGCGUUCACUCAGCUGUGCGGAAUCCUUUGUGCUCCCUGGAAUGGCCUCAUCAUGGACCGCCGGAAGGGAAAAGAGCGAGAACCAGGUCAGAGUGAGCAAGAGGCCGACCUGAGGGCAGCUACACUGUCUCUGUCUCUGACUGGGCUGCAGUGUGUGCUGUUUUCAGUGUGUGCAGCCACACCCAUCCUGCCCCUGCAGUACCUCACUUUCGUCCUUCAGGUCCUUAACAGAUCCUUCCUCUUUGGAGGAAACGCUGCCUUCAUCAGUAUGGCGUUUCCCCCUGUGCACUUUGGAAAGCUGUUUGGAACGUUGAUGGCACUCUCAGCGGUGGUCUCUCUGCUCCAGUAUCCUUGCUUUGCCCUCAUUAAAGGACCAUUGGGUGGAGACCCUCUUUAUGUGAACAUUGCUCUGACCCUUCUGAGUCUCCUGGCCUUCAUCAACCCUCUCUAUGUUUACUUGCACUGUCGGCGCCAAGCAGCCCAGCGAUCCAAUGGCAACAUAAACACUUCUUCAUAAGAUUAUUUGACAAAGGGAAUAUCAAACUUACCUCCGACUUAAAAACCGGUUUCUGUUACUCGUUUAUUUUUUGAAAAACAGAAAAAAAACUCCUACAAUGCUGAGAAAUAUGAACUAAUCUUUCAGAUCGACUCAUGACCCUGUAAAGGUAUGCAGUGCUUUAUCUGUGCUGAUUGUAGCUGGAAAUUGACAGGUUUCUCCACCCUUUACUCAUGGUCUCACACGUAUACUUCGGCCUGGAUCCUGCAAUUUGAGAACACAUUCAAAUACUAAAAAAAACAUUGCACAAAAAAUGAUUGCUCUUUUAAAAGGCAAUGAUCAUUUUUACAUAACGUAAAGUAUAAAGUCGAUUAAGAGAUUUACAAUGAAAUUUUAAAGGAUUAACAUAAUAAAAGUAAUCCUAAAGGGAUCAGAUAAGAUGUGAUAAGAUGACAAGGAAGUUUUGACCAAACCAGGACAAAAGUUCUACUAAUCUAAGCACGUUCUUCGCAUUUUUAAUUAUUUUGUGUAUCUCAACAAGCACUUAAGUCCCUAAAUGUGUAUGUUUUAAUCAGUGAUUCUCAACUAGUACUUUGAUAAAAUUGUAUCUAAUCAUAUAACCAUACACAGCAAAAAAAAACUUUUAAAGGGAGGAGAAAAUGCCUCUCAUACUGAAUCUUUUGUUGUUGCCAUCAAAGGUUGUGUGUCAAAUCAAACUCUACAGUAUUUUGGCACAAAUUCAUCUGUCACUUGGUAAAAGCUAGCUUAAUGAGGACCGGUUAGACAGGUUGCGUGACAUCCCAUAAGAAUGAAAAAUCACAGAUGACAUAUUAAAUAUCUCAAGAAACAAGGUUCAAUGAAGAGUAGUUUAUUUGCCUAUGACUGUCUCAGACAUUUAUUGAAAUUCUCAAGACCCAGAUAUAUUUUCAAAAUAUUGUCUCUAGAAGAGUUUCAGAAAAUAUCUUAACAAUUGUCACAAUCUCUUGUCUUCAUUCAUUAGGCAUAUUAAUUUCAUAGCUCUAUACUCAUAUUGUGUUGCCUCAACGUGAGACAACAAUUGUUGGUACCAUGCUUGUUCAUAACUUGAUAUCUACUGUAAAGUCAGGGUCCUGAAUCAAAAUUAGUAGAGAACCACUGGUUAAGAGAACAAGCUCCUUGGGAAAACUGUAGUUGCAGGAGCCCUCUGUAGGACGUAACAUGAAAUACAUGCUCGAAUUUGUGAAAGCUGUAUUCAAUCAACUGCAGUCUGAAAUACAGACUUCCUUUAUAAAUGCAUCUGUAUUACUCAAAAUAAAGGGAAUUGUUUAUAAGAAAAACUUAUAAAGUUGGCUGAUUUUGUUGUGGGAUGUAUAUUCGAUAGAUUUUCAGCCCCAGCUCCUGGUUGAAAAAUAUGAACGUUUUGUGGUAAGAGGUUAAAGAUCUGGCAAUCAAAAAGGGUUAAUUAUGUUUCAUAAUG